AUGUCUCAUUUGGCAGCUAAACGCCUAAUUACUAACUUCACAGGUGUAACAUCUACUGCAGGAGAUUGUAUGAAUAUGUUGGAGAGAUUUUUCAACUCCAUGGAGGUAGUUUUAUGGCACAAAUUCUUCGGUAAAAUUCUUGAUGCCGAAACUGACGCAUUUCGAAAGAAAUUUGGCUCUCAUUUCAAAGGACGUGAUCAAUUGAUCGCCCAAGCAUCUUAUUUGUUCACGAACUCAAAUCCUUACCUGGAUUACCCUCGUCCACUGCUCCAUAAGACGAUUCCAAUUGGUGGAAUUACAGUGUCAAUUGACCCAGAUAAGAAUAAACUUUCCAACGUAGGAGUCAUCCAUUAUCGUGGAUUUGAAGUAAAAACUUCGUCUAUAGGAAUGGGAUGCAAUUUUGCGAGAACGCAACACUACAGUAUUGGUGUCAUUUGGUUCAAUCGCCAAAUCUAUCCACAUGCCAAACGAGUACAAGUAGGCGUACAUCUUGAAAUUUUCUUCCAAAUUUACAAAUUCAAUCGAUUGAGUUCUUAA